AUGGGACUACGCGAUUCAACCCGAAAGCUUCUGCGUAAGCUCACCAUGCGCGACAGGAAGCAGGAAGAAGUUGAGCAGCUGCAGCCCGUAGCACUUGCAGGCGCUAGUAAGCGCUCGACCACCCGUUCAGAACUUUGCAGCUCUUUUGCCUCAACAGUCGUGAGCCGCGAAGAGCUCGAAGGCCGACGAAAGGCUUUUAGCGAACACAGUGCGGAUUGGCAGCAAUGUGGCAUGUGUACACGCAGCUUUGUGGCUGGAACCAGUCGCUAUACGGGCUUUUGUUCGCUCGACUGCAAGUCGGCAGCACGGUACAGUCAAUCGGCACGUUUAUUUUCCGGACGCUAUCGCAACGCAUAA